CGGCGUCUUUGACAUUACGGCGGAGUAAUGGCCCGGACGCGUCCUCGGACAAGCUCCUGAGGUUCACCCAGAGGAGGAUGAGAGGUUUCCCGGGUCAGGUCGGGACACCGGUGGGCUGUUGACUGACGGCGAGCUCAGAUUGCCAACCUGCUGCUGCUGCUGCUGCUGCCGCUGCUGCUGUGUCUCGGAGAUGUCAAAGUUACGGCUAUUGAGAUGUGAUCACUGAAGUUUUUUGGUUUUGUUUUUGUUUUUGUUUUUUUUAUUUACCCCGAGAGACAGGAUAACGCUUUGCCGGAUGGAGACGGACCUGAGGCUGGAGUCGAGUCUGUGGGUCGGGAGCAAAAGAUACCGGGCGGUCCUGACGGGCUGGCACUUCAACUGGACCGAGGUAGAUAAGAAGAACCGCGAUAAGAAAACGAUUUCAGUACCUGUGGCAGAGGUGGUUGGAGUGGAGGAGGGCCGGGUGGAGAUCCUGCCCCAGAAGUUGGUUGAGGACAAGGACAAAGACUUCACAGUUUUCUAUGUGAAGCGCAGCAGCAGUGGGGGCUCUUCUGGGUUGCUAUGGAGACUGGGUCGGACCCAGUUCAGCUGCCCUAGUCGGGUCCUCAGAGACCAGUGGACAAAACACCUAAGGACCGCUCUCAAAACGCACUGUCCAUUACGCCCACAUAGACUGUUGGUGUUUAUCAACCCCUUUGGAGGAAAGAGGAAAGGAAGAAAGAUCUACCAUUCAGUGGUUGCCCCUCUGUUUGAGCUGGCUGGUAUCAGCUCUCAUGUAAUAGUGACUGAGCGGGCAAACCAGGCCAGAGACCACCUCCUGAAGAAAGACCUGACAGGCUUUGACGGUGUGGUGUGUGUGGGUGGGGAUGGCAUGUUCAGUGAAAUACUUCACGGUUUAAUUGGGCGGACACAACAAGAGGCAGGCCUUUGUGAGAAUGAUCCUGCUGUCACUUUACAGCCCUGUCCGCUUCAUAUUGGUAUCAUCCCUGCAGGUUCUACAGACUGUGUGUGUUAUGCCACAGUGGGAGUGAUCGACCAUGUUACUUCAGCUUUGCACAUUAUCAUUGGAGACUCUCAGCCUUUGGAUGUGUGUUCAGUUCACCAUGCCUCUGCUCUGGUGCGCUACUCGGUGUCUCUGGUGGGCUACGGCUUCUAUGGGGACGUUCUGGCUGAGAGUGAAAAACACCGCUGGAUGGGACCUCUCAGAUACGACUUUUCAGGCACAAUGGUGUACCUGAGCAACAGAAGCUAUGCAGGCAUAGUUCAGUAUCUACCAGCAGACCCGCUGCUCUCCAGCCCUAGAGAUAAAACACGCUGCCUCUCAGGGUGCAGUGUGUGCUCCAGAAGCACAGAAAGACUUUUCCCCCACUCCUCAGAUUCAGGAUCUAUGUACAGCUCCCACCUCAGCCAGUUCAGUAGUGACUCACAAGGUGAGUGGGUGAGUGUGGAGGGCAAGUUCAGGUGUGUGUCUCUCACUUGUAUGUCCAGCUCAUGUCCCAGGAGUCCUCUGGGCCUCUCUCCUUCUGCUCACCUGGCGGACGGAACAGGGGACCUCAUCCUGGUAUGGGACACUCACCCGCUGGGUUUCCUCAAGUUCUUGUACAGGCACACGAGCACACAGGACCAGUUUGACCUGCCGUUUGUGGAGGUCCACCGUGUGAAGGCCGUUCGUUUCUCCCUCCCUUCUGGCAGGGAGGAGGAAGCAUAUGAAGAGAUUGUAGGGCAGAAUGGUGGGGUAGAUGAAGAGGAGAGAGAAUACGUCGAGUCUGUAAGCAGGAGUGGCUCUCAGCAGGGCCUGGCAGAGAGGGACACAGGACAAGAAAUGAAAAACAAGCAGAAAGCCGCGACCCCCUUUCUGUGUGGCAUGUGCUGCAGUAAAUCUCCGUCUGUGUCAGUGUGGAACUGUGAUGGAGAGAUUCUGCCUUUCACCGAGAUCCUCUGCAGGAUUCAUGGUCAGUUGGUGCGUCUGUAUGCCAGGGGCAUCGAGGAUGGCGCAGCCGCGCAGAACUGCAGUGAGGAAAGUGACAAAUGUGAAAGGAGAUGCAUCUUACACAAAUAGUCUCACCUAAGAGCAAAGAGUGAGGCAAGGUUAAUUUGUGAAUUUAGAGAGUUGCAGUGUGUCAUUGCCAAAGAGUUCCUACUAUUUCAGGUACUUCGAUAGGUUCUCUCAUUGCAAUAAUGAAAAAAGAUUAUUUAUUCUUGAAUUAGUGGGCUUUUGUUGAAUACUGCUCCUUAAAACACUAUUAAAAGACUUUCUAAAUAUUACACUAACUGCACUUACUUACUGUAUCCAGAGUGUGUGUGUGUAUGCAGUUUUUAUUCGGUACAUUCUAUUCAUGUUCACGCAAGCUUCCAGAAAAUAAAAUCAUGGCAAAUGUCAACAUAAGUUAAAAGACAAAAAAGAAUCUUUAUACAAUAAAAUGACUGACCUGGCUCUUCUUAUGCUUUAUUGUUGUCAGCAUUAGUUCAGCCAUGCAGCUUAUCUUUUAAAUAAGAGCAUCAACAGCUUUCUUUAUGUUGGACAUAAAACAAUUGUGCAGUAGGAUAAAUUUGUUUUAAUGUCAUUGAAACUAAACGAAACUAAACCACCAUUAUUUUGUUAUUGCAUACAGUAAUUGUUAAAAAAAAC